AUGGGGAAAGGAUGCACCUCUAAACACAUUUUGAUAGAGGAAUUUUUAGGACAAAGAUGGAUGCCUGCCUACAGGGUGAUUAGAAAGUUCUACCAACACAUCCUCGCCUUGGUGUUUGCUGUUGAUGAGAUCAAUGGGAAUCCCAAGAUCUUGCCCAAUGCCACACUUGGAUUCCACAUCUAUGAUAGCUGUUCUGAUUCAAGGAUGACCUACCAAAACACUCUGGAUCUGCUUUUUAAAUCACAUCACUUUGUCCCCAACUACAUAUGUGGAAAUCAGAAAAAAAUAGUAGGAGUCAUUGGGGGACUUAGCUCUGACACCUCCUCAUCCAUGGCAGAUGUCUUAGGUCUUUACAAAAUUCCACAGAUUUCAUAUGGUUCAUUUGAACCAGCCACAAAUGAUCAAAUCAAAGUUGCUUCCUUCUACCGCAUGGUCCCCAAUGAAGAUCUUCAGUACAAGGGAAUUAUCCAGUUACUUCUGCAUUUCAGAUGGAAAUGGGUUGGGCUCAUGACUCCAGCUAAUGAAGCUGGAGAUCAGUUCUUGCAGACCAUUGAACCAAUGCUUUUCAAGAAUGGAAUAUGUUCAGCGUUCACAGAAAGAACAGAUUACUAUUUGCAUUUCAGUGGUAACAUAUUUCAUAUAGUGGAUCAAUCAAAGCUUUUCUCGCAAAAUUUCAUGACAAGCAAAGCAAAUGCAGUUGUUAUAUAUGGAGAAAGUACAUCGAUUAUAUGGCUUACAGGUAUUAUAAUUCCAAAGAUUAUGAUUCAGCUAAUUCUUCAGCAAUUUGCGGGGAAAGAACCUGAUUGGAAACUGCACUCAUUUCUGCACAGAAUCUCAUUCAACAACGGUGCUGGGGAUGAAAUCACAUUAAAUGAACAUGGAGAAUUAGCAGGUGGAUUUGAUAUUACAAACUUGGUCACUUUCCCAAAUACUUCCUAUGUCAGGGUCAAAGUCGGAAGGCUGGAUCCUCAGGCCCCUCCUGGAAAAGAGCUCACCCUUAAUGGGGAUGGAAUCCAGUGGCACAGAGCCUUCACUCGGGUACCACCCCUUUCAUUAUGUAAUGCCAACUGCCGUCCUGGUUAUGAGAAGAAAAAGAAGGAGGGCAAGAAGUUUUGUUGUUAUGCUUGUGAUCCAUGUCCUCAUGGGAUGUUCUCAAAUGAGAAGGCUAUGGUACUUGGCAUUUUCAUUAAGCACAGGGACACUGCUAUCGUCAAAGCCAAUAACAGAAGCCUCACUUACAUUCUCCUCAUCUCCCUCCUCUUGUGUUUCCUGUGCUCCUUGAUGUUCAUUGGAAUGCCUAAUAAGGCAACCUGCCCACUCCGACAAACGGCUUUUGGCAUUGUCUUCUCUGUGGCCCUCUCCAGCAUCUUGGCCAAGACUAUUUCAGUGGUUUUGGCAUUCAUGGCUACCAAGCCAGAUUCCACAAUCAGGAAGUGGGUAGGCAAAAAACUGGCUUACUCCAUUGUCCUUUCCUGCUCUGUGAUUCAAGUAGGAAUCUGUGUCUUCUGGCUGGCAACCUCUGCCCCAUUCCCAGAUGUGGACAUGCACUCAAGCAGUGAAGAAAUUAUAUUCUUAUGUAACGAGGGGUCAGUUCUCAUGUUCUAUGGUGUUUUAGGCUACAUGGGCUUCCUGGCCAUUAUCAGCUUCACUGUGGCCUUCUUAGCCCGGAAGUUGCCAGACAGCUUCAAUGAAGCCAAGUUCAUCACCUUCAGCAUGCUGGUCUUCUGCAGUGUUUGGUUCUCCUUUAUUCCCACAUACUUGAGCACCAGAGGAAAAUACAUGGUGGCUGUGGAGAUCUUCUCCAUCUUGGCUUCCAGUGCUGGGCUGCUGGGUUGCAUCUUUUCCCCUAAAUGCUACAUUAUUGUGGUGAGGCCUGAGCUGAAUAACAGAGAGCAGCUGAUACGGAGAAAGAUGUAA